AUGUCCGACGACAAGAAGAACGAAGACUACACAAUCGAGCUCGGCGAGCANAAGGGAAAUGGGGCCUUUGCUGCCGCUCCUGCCCCAAGGACGCCUGCAGCUGCUCCUCAAGCCGCCCAGCUGAACAGCCCUGUUGUUGCUAUUCUGGCCUACUGUGGUAGUUCGAUUCUCAUGACCACGACCAACAAAUACGUUCUGAGCGGUCUCGACUUCAACCUCAACUUUUUCCUCCUCGCUGUCCAGAGUGUCGUCUGCAUUGUCGCCAUCCAGUCAUGCAAGUCCGCCGGUAUCAUCACCUACAGAGACUUCAACAGCGAUGAAGCAAAGAAGUGGUUCCCUAUUUCCCUCCUCCUCAUCGGCAUGAUCUACACCUCGACCAAGGCCCUGCAAUACCUCUCCAUCCCCGUUUACACCAUUUUCAAGAACUUGACCAUUAUCCUGAUCGCUUACGGUGAGGUUCUGUGGUUCGGUGGCAGCGUCACCGGAACUGCUCUCUUCUCCUUCGGUCUCAUGGUUCUUUCGUCUCUCAUCGCUGCAUGGGCAGACAUUCAACACGCUCUCACCAGCCAUUCGGGCUCGGCCGCCAACGACAAGAUUUCCACUCUUAACUCUGGUUACAUCUGGAUGGCCUUGAACUGCUUCUGCAGCGCUACCUACGUCCUCGGUAUGCGCAAGCGCAUCAAGUUGACAAACUUCAAAGACUUCGACAGUACGUCUUUCUCUUGUUUCUUUGCUGGCUUGUGGAAAACUGACCUAAACCCUCUCAGCNNCAUGUAUUACAACAACCUUCUCUCCAUCCCCAUCCUCCUCAUCUGCUCCCUCUUCCUCGAGAACUGGUCGAGCGCCAACGUCGCCCUCAACUUCCCUGUUGCUCAGCGCAACUCCAUCAUCACCGCCAUGGUCUUCUCCGGUCUCUCUUCAGUCUUCAUCUCCUACACCUCUGCCUGGUGUGUUCGCGUUACUUCGUCUACCACCUACUCCAUGGUCGGUGCUCUCAACAAGCUGCCUAUUGCCAUUUCCGGUCUUAUCUUCUUUGACGCUCCCGUCACCUUCGCCUCCGUCAGCGCCAUUGGUGUUGGUUUCAUUUCUGGUAUCGUCUACGCUCUCGCAAAGGUCUGGCAGGGCAAGGGCAACAAGCCCACUCUUCCCACCACUGUCACAAGUGCUAGCAGCCAGAGCAUGAAGGACAGCUUCAAGUCAUAG